AAAUGCAACACCUCGAAAUACCUAAAAUAACCCUACACCCAAUUCCCCCCUCUCAUUUCCUUCCAAUAUGCAGUUCAAUUUGCUUUCAUGUUUAACUUAUUCUUUGCCUUCAAUCAUUUUAGAUUGUCAAUUUGUUUGCUGAUUUGAUCUGUUUGUAUAAUCUGUUCCUUGCAAUUGCGUGCUGUUUAAUUCGCAUAUACCACGUGAUGACGCCUAAUCAAGUUUUUUGCAAAAUUUGUAUGACAUUGUGACAAAUUGGUGGAUCGAAUGUGUUAGCUGAUUUGUCUGCUAUGGAAAGAAUUGCGAUGGGGCUGUUUUGUACAGCGCCAUGUUGGAAUUGUUUUUGCUAUUUCAUAUAGCUGACCUAGAAUAGUUUGUGGUUUUUGUAUAUAGCUAGCCUCCUUAUGUCUAAGAAACGAAAAACCAGGAGACCAUAGACGCCCUAAAGGGUCAUGCCGUAAAGUUGGAGAGAUGGCAUCAAGUGGUGAUGAAGAGCUAGUGGCAUAUUCUAGAGUGUGGAGUAAGUUAACAAGGGUAAAGAUGCCCUGAACCGUUGCAUCUUGUUAGCAUUGCAUCUUGUUGGUAAUUAUAAGCUAACGAAUAGACACAAGGUUUUUGAUCAACUUAGGAGCAAGAAGGACCUUUGUUUAACUGAAAGGCAGGGAUUGGAGAGGAUAGGGCGCAUCUCCAUGACCAACAAUUGGAAUACGAGAUCCAUUACACAAGGAUAUUACUAAAAGUGUUUAUAUAAAAGAAAAUCAGAAUAUACUUGAAUUUGUGGCCAAGUGAGAGGUGUCAUUACUGUCCAUGCUGUAAGUUUAUGGAGGAGAAUAUCAAUGCAAGAUCGUAGCUUGAUAUAUUGGAGCAUAGCCUUGUGUCGAUGCUGGCUGUGGGCCAAGAAUGCUGGGGAAGCAUUAAGAGGAGCUAUAGGAUAUGGGAACGGAGGCAUAGGCCACUGCCAUGGGUAACUCGGGAAUGUGGGGAGGGAAUGAUAAUGGUUUAUUUUUCUCCAAAAGACCCGAAGUUGGAUUUUUUUUCGGGUAUUUGAUAAUCGGGUAUUUCUGACAAUGUCUACAAUCCAUGUAUCCAACAUCUGAAAUUUCUGAAUGGGGUAUUCGGUGUGAACUGAUGGAUUGUGGAUCACAUUUCCAAAUAAUCAGACCGGAUUUUCAAAUCGGAAAUCUGAUGCGAUAUGGAUUAUAGAUCAGAUAUCAAAAGAAUGAAUCAGAUAUUGAAUCUUUGGAUUAUUUUGUUCACUCUCAACUUGUCACCCACAGUAUAUCAUAAAUUUACUCCUAUCUGAACUUUGGUUUGCUAGUUCCCAUCUCAAAUGGGUUAUUAAUAUUCUUCUUCAUUAAUCACAUGAAGAAACCUUUUCUCUGAGGGAAAAAAUUACACAAAUUGAGCAUUUUCGUCUCACAAUAAGAUUACUCGAUUUCUGUUUUUUUGAUUUUCUAUUCAAAAACUUGUUUUUCACAUUUGGGUAACUUUCACAACACCUAAAAUACCUCCCCUUCUCUCUAUCACUCUCCAGAAACAUGAUUUCUUUAAAGGAUUUGUAUAAUGUAUUAGCACAAGUUGUACCUCUCUAUGUAGCAAUGAUUUUAGCAUAUGGUUCAGUAAAAUGGUGGAAAAUAUUUACACCUGAUCAAUGUUCAGGGAUCAAUAGAUUUGUAGCACUUUUUGCAGUUCCACUUCUCUCUUUUCAUUUCAUCUCAAACAACAAUCCUUAUACUAUGAACUACCGUUUCAUUGCAGCAGAUACUUUGCAGAAACUUAUAGUCUUAUUCUUCCUCUUUCUCUGGUCUAAGCUUAGUUCAAAAGGCUCUCUUGAGUGGUCUAUCACCUUAUUUUCGCUCUGCACGCUUCCGAACACUCUUGUUAUGGGCAUUCCUUUAUUAACAGGAAUGUAUGGUGAUUUUUCAGCAACUUUAAUGGUGCAAAUUGUGGUGUUACAAUGCAUUAUUUGGUACACUUUAAUGCUGUUUUUGUUUGAGUUUGGGGGUGCAAGAGUCCUUAUUUCGGAGCAAUUUUGUGAAUCUGCUGCUUCGAUUGCAUCGUUUAAGGUUGAUUCUGAUGUAGUUUCACUUGAUGGGAGAGAACCUUUGGAGACUGAAGCUGAAAUUGGGCAAGAUGGUAAAGUACAUGUUACAGUUAAAAAAUCAAGAAGUUUAAAUUUAGCGGAUAAUUCUAAAUAUUCUGAUGAUGUUAGGUUUUGUUUAAGUGAUCCUACACAUUCUAAUUUGACUAGAGUAGAGAUUUAUUCUCUUCAAUCUUUUACGAGAGGGUCUAAGUUAAGGACUUCAAGUAUGGGAAAUGUGGGAUUUGAUGAGGAGAAAAGAAGUGGUGGUGUUGGUGGAGUUCCUUCAAUUGGAUUAACAAGGUUUAAUGGGAUGCACGGUGGUAGUCGUGGCAGAAGUGGUGCUGUUGGGGGAUACCCAGCCCCGUCAACAGCUGGGAAUUUCUCGCGUACGGAGGGACACACAACGGCGAUGAAGAAGAGGGAGGUUGGUGGGAAAGAACUUCAUGUGUUUGUUAGGAGUUUAAGUGUUCCUGCUAUAUCUAAAGGUGUGCAUGGUUUUAGUGGUAAUGUUGAUUAUGAUCAUACUUGUGGAGGAAAUACUCAUCCUAAAGAUUAUUACAAAAAUGGAAUAGAUGAACUCAAUCUUGGGAACAAACCUGGUGGAAAUGGGCCAGAAGUUGAAGGCCCAAUAUUGCUAAAAGUCAGUUCAAGUUCGACCACCAAAGCCCAACCCGAAAGUGCUGCUCAAUGUGAAGUCAAGCCCACUGCUAUGCCCCCUGCUAGAGUGAUGAUCAAACUCAUAUUGAAGAUGGUGUGGAGGAAACUUAUCAGGAACCCUAACACCUACUCUAGUCUUAUUGGCCUUGCUUGGUCCUUGAUCUCAUUCAGGUGGCAGGUUAAACUGCCUUCUAUAGUGGCAAACUCGAUUAAGAUCCUAUCUGAUACUGGACUUGGAAUGGCAAUGUUUAGUCUUGGUUUGUUCAUGGCAUUGCAACCAAGGAUAAUUGGUGGAGGGAAAGCAAUGGCUGCCUAUGCGACAGCACUGAGGUUCAUCCUAGGCCCCGCUAUCAUGGCAGCCGCUGCAGCAAUUGUUGGGUUGAGAGGAGCUCUCCUACAAAUAGCUAUUGUACAGGCUGCUCUACCACAAGGAAUUGUACCUUUUGUAUUCGCCAAAGAGUACAAUGUUCAUCCUCAAAUUCUUAGUACAGCGGUUAUAUUUGGAAUGUUGAUAGCUCUACCAAUUACACUGGUUUAUUUCAUCUUGUUGGGCCUUGUUAAGUGAGGGAGUUAGGCAACUACCAUCAGUUAAAGAUAGCCACAAUAUACUGGAAAUUAUCCAAGAAACAAAGGUAUACAAAAAUUAGGCUAAUCUUCUAUCAAGACUAAGCAGAGGGCACGUACGAGGUUCGGGAUCGUCUUAAGAUCAAGCAAUGGUGAGGUGUGGUCCUGUGGGUCGUGGCCGGUGGGUGAGAGAAGUGAUGCUGAAGCUCGAGAUGUGUUGUGGAGGCUAAGGUGGACGAUAGUUAUGGAAUGCUGAAAUUCCCUAAAGAAUUAUAUAGGGUAGACAUUGCUAUUUUAGAUGUUCGAAUUAGAUGGAACAAUUUAUGUUAACACCCCCUAGUGUCGCCUGUACGGUACAUUAAAGGCUAUUUUUCUGGCUCGCCUCUUAGUAGUAAACCACCAAAUGAGGAAAAAAAAAUUGAGGAAUGAAAAAAAUAUAUAUAUGUAUGGACAUAUGGUAUAAGCUAGAGCUGAUCAUUUUGGUUCGGCCCGGUCUG